GUUCUCGGCACCGUCGGAACUCUCUGACCAGGCAGGAUUUGUGUGAGCGCCGGCCGCCGUGCGGAGGGUCACACGGUCGGGAAGGACGCGCCGAGGGCGGCGCGGGGCGCGGACACUCCCCGCCGAGAGCCCGCCCGCCAUGGACUCGGAAUACUACCGCGGCGACCAGUCAGAUGAUGGUGGUGCUACUCCAGUACAGGAUGAGCGAGAUUCAGGAUCAGAUGGUGAGGACGAUGUAAACGAGCAGCCCUCCGGAUCAGACACUGGAAGUGUAGAACGGCAUUCAGAGAAUGAGCCUAGUGAUGGAGAAGAUGGCCUGACCAAAAGACAUCACGUGACAGACUCUGAGAAUGACGAGACUUCAAAUCUUAAUGCUAGUGAUUCGGAGAGUGAGGAGCUGCACAGGCCCAAGGACAGUGACUCCGAAUCUGAGGAGCGAGCAGAGCCUCCUGCAAGUGACUCUGAAAAUGAGGAUGUCCAUCAGCAUGGGAGUGACUCUGAGGGUGAGGCACCCCAGAAAUUACCUGGGAGUGACUCUGAAAACGAAGAGCUCCUUAAUGGGCAUGCAAGUGACUCUGAAAACGAAGAUGUUCAAAAGCAUGUUGCCAGCGAUUCUGAGAUAGAAGAGCUCCAGAAGAGUCCUACCAGUGAUUCUGAAACGGAAGAUGCUCUAAAGCCUCAAGUCAGUGACUCUGAGAGUGAAGAGCCCCGCAAGCCCCAAGCCAGUGACUCAGAAAAUGAAGAGCCUCCCAAACCUCAGACGAGUGAUUCAGAAAGUGAAGAGCUUCCAAAACCCCCCCAGAUCAGUGACUCAGAAAGUGAAGAUCCCCCAAAGCACCAGGCCAGUGACUCCGAAAAUGAGGAGCUCCCCAAGCCCCGCAUCAGUGACUCAGAAAGUGAGGACCCCCCAAGGCAUCAGGCCAGUGACUCUGAGAAUGAAGAGCUUCCAAAACCCCGUAUCAGUGACUCAGAAAGUGAGGACCCCCCAAGGCAACAGGCCAGUGAUUCAGAGAACGAAGAGCUCCCCAAACCCCGAAUUAGUGACUCAGAAAGUGAGGGCCCCCCACGGCAUCAAGCCAGUGACUCAGAGAAUGAGGAGCUCCCCAAGCCCCAAGUUAGUGACUCUGAGAGUGAGGAGCCUCAGAAGGGUCCUGCUAGUGACUCAGAAGCUGAGGAUGCCCCAAGACACCAGCAGAAGCCAGGAUCUGAUGACAGUGAAGGGGAGAAUAAGGAAGAGGGUACAGGAACGCAGAACAGUUCCUUUCAUUCAGAUACCCAUACAGACAGAAAAGGAUUUCAUAGCUCCGACAGUGAGGAAGAAGAAGCCAAGGGGCACAAAGUGGACAGUGACGACGAUGAAGAAAAAGAGGGUGAAGAGGAGAAAGUCGCAAAGCGAAAAGCUGCUGUACUUUCUGAUAGUGAGGAUGAAGAGAAAGCAUUAGCAGCAAAGAAGAGUCGUGUUGUAUCUGAUGCUGAUGACUCUGACAGCGAUGCUAUGUCAGACAAGUCAAGCAAAAGAGAGAAGACUGUAGCAUCUGACAGUGAAGAGGAAGCAGGGAAAGACUUAUCUGAUAAGAAAAAUGAAGAAAAGGAUCUGUUUGGGAGUGAUAGUGAAUCAGGCAAUGAAGAAGAAAAUCUUAUUGCAGACAUAUUUGGAGAGUCUGGUGAUGAAGAAGAAGAAGAAUUUACAGGUUUUAACCAAGAAGAUUUAGAGGAGGAAAAAGGUGAAACACAUGUAAAAGAAGAAGACUCCGAUUCGGAUGAUAACAUAAAAAGAGGAAAACACAUGGACUUUCUGUCAGAUUUUGAGAUGAUGCUGCAGCGGAAAAAGAGUAUGAGUGGCAAGCGCAGACGUAAUCGUGAUGGUGGCACCUUUAUUAGUGACGCAGAUGAUGUUGUGAGUGCCAUGAUUGUCAAAAUGAAUGAAGCUGCUGAGGAAGACAGACAGUUAAAUAAUCAAAAAAAACCAGCACUGAAGAAACUAACUUUAUUGCCUACUGUGGUUAUGCACCUUAAGAAGCAGGACCUUAAAGAAACAUUUAUUGAUAGUGGUGUGAUGUCUGCCAUCAAAGAAUGGCUCUCACCUCUACCAGAUAGAAGUUUGCCAGCUCUGAAGAUCCGGGAAGAGCUGCUGAAAAUUCUACAAGAGCUACCUAGUGUGAGCCAGGAGACCCUGAAGCAUAGUGGGAUUGGACGAGCAGUGAUGUAUCUCUAUAAACACCCCAAGGAAUCAAGGUCCAACAAAGACAUGGCAGGGAAAUUAAUCAAUGAAUGGUCUCGGCCGAUAUUUGGUCUUACCUCAAACUACAAAGGAAUGACAAGAGAAGAAAGGGAGCAGAGGGAUCUAGAGCAAAUGCCUCAAAGACGAAGGAUGAGCAGCACUGGCGGUCAGACACCCCGAAGGGAUCUGGAGAAGGUGCUGACAGGAGAGGAGAAGGCUCUUAGACCUGGAGACCCUGGAUUCUGUGCCCGGGCAAGAGUCCCAAUGCCCUCAAAUAAGGACUAUGUCGUCAGGCCCAAGUGGAAUGUGGAAAUGGAAUCAUCCAGGCUAGGUAUUCAUAAAAAAGGCCUAAGUCGAUUGGAAAAACAUAAGAGGCGAUUUGCGGAACAGAAGCGACUCAGCAAAGUGCACCGUGCUGUCAAGUUCAGCAUCGAAGGCAACAGAAUGCCUUUAUAGUCCUGGCUCUCUAGUGUAUCCAAGAGGUAUCCCCAAGGAAGCAUGGGCUAUGCAUGGACUUGAAUUGUUAGUAGAGUAGAAAUGUGUGUGUGUGUGUGUGUGUGUGUGUGUGUGUGUGAACCAGAAGAAGCCUGGCAUACCUUUUGUUUCUUAAAUAAUGACCCCAGCAGGCAUCCUUGGUCAUUCAGGACUCUUGGAUCUUUGGAAGUUGAUAUGGAAAUCCUUUCCUUUGUCAGUACCACAGAGAAUAAUAGAUCACUUCCCUUACAGGCUU